UCCCGCUGGGCCGGGGCGGAUGGUACCCCGCCUGUCCCGGUGACAGGGAUUUUGAGGCGCUCUCGGACCGCGCCUGAAAUCACCGGAGCCGGACCGUUCAGCUCGCUCUGCGUGAUGGUGGCCCCUGCGCGGAGCGCUUGUAGGAGGGUCGGUUGCAGCAUCAAAAGCCAGUGCCAAAAGUAGAAAUUCUCGCGGUGUCUUCGGAGGAAUGCCCAUAGCCGUGUUGGAGUCAUCGAUAAAUCAGCUGAGGGAGCCAGCGACACAGGACGAUGCAAGCCCACGAAUUGUUCCGGUACUUUCGAAUGCCAGAGCUGGUUGACUUACGACAGUACGUUCGCACCCUUCCGACCAACACACUCAUGGGUUUUGGGGCGUUUGCAGCCCUCACCACCUUCUGGUACGCGACGAGACCCAAAGCCCUGAAGCCACCAUGCGACCUGUCCAUGCAGUCUGUGGAGGUGGCGGGUAGUGAUGGUGCCCGGAAAUCCGCGCUCCUGGAGACCGAUGAGCCCUUGGUGUAUUUCUACGAAGAUGUCAGAACCGUGUACGAGGGUUUCCAGAGGGGCAUCCAGGUGUCAAAUAAUGGCCCUUGUUUAGGCUCUCGGAAGCCAGACCAGCCCUAUGAAUGGCUUUCCUACAAAGAGGUUGCGGACAAGUCAGAGUGCAUGGGCUCAGCGCUGAUCCAGAAGGGCUUCAAGACCGCGCCAGAUCAGUACAUUGGCAUCUUUUCUCAGAACAGACCUGAGUGGGUGAUCAUUGAACAGGGAUGCUUUGCUUACUCCAUGGUGACCGUCCCCCUCUAUGAUACACUCGGAGCCGAAGCAAUCACCUACAUAAUCAACAAAGCUGAACUCUCGCUAGUUUUUGUGGACAAGCCAGAUAAGGCUAACAUACUAUUAGAAGGUGUAGAAAAUAAGUUAACACCAGGCCUUAAAACCAUAGUCAUCAUGGACUCCUAUGGCAUCGAUCUGUUGGAACGAGGCAAAAGGUGCGGCGUGGAAAUCACCAGUAUGAAGGCGAUGGAGGACCUGGGAAGAGCCAAUAGACAGAGGCCUAAGCCACCAGCGCCUGAAGAUCUUGCAGUGAUUUGUUUCACCAGUGGAACUACAGGCAACCCCAAAGGAGCCCUGAUCACUCAUCAAAAUAUAAUGAGUGAUUGUUCAGCUUUUGUGAAAAUAACAGAGAAUACACUUGAGCCUUCCCCAGAUGAUACUUUGAUCUCUUUCUUGCCUCUCGCCCAUAUGUUUGAAAGAGUUGUAGAGUGUGUAAUGCUGUGUCAUGGAGCUAAAAUAGGAUUUUUCCAAGGAGAUAUCAGGCUGCUUAUGGAUGACCUCAAGACACUUCAACCCACGGUCUUCCCUGUGGUACCCAGACUGCUGAACCGGAUGUUCGACCGAAUUUUCGGGCAGGCAAACACCACCCUGAAGCGAUGGCUCCUGGACUUUGCCUCCAAGAGGAAAGAGUCUGAGCUUCGCAGUGGCAUCAUUAGGAACAACAGCCUGUGGGAUAAACUAAUCUUCCACAAGAUACAGUCGAGCCUGGGAGGAAAGGUCCGGCUGAUGAUCACAGGAGCUGCGCCCGUGUCCGCCACCGUGCUGACGUUUCUGAGAGCAGCGCUCGGCUGUCAGUUUUAUGAAGGCUACGGACAGACUGAAUGCACUGCCGGGUGCUGCCUGACCAUGCCUGGGGACUGGACAGCAGGCCACGUCGGUGCCCCAAUGCCAUGCAAUCUUAUAAAACUUGUUGAUGUAGAAGAAAUGAACUACCUGGCGGCCAAGGGUGAGGGCGAGGUGUGUGUAAAAGGCCCAAAUGUAUUUAAAGGCUACUUGAAGGACCCAGCAAAAACAGCAGAAGUUCUGGAUAAAGAUGGCUGGUUACACACAGGGGACAUUGGAAAGUGGUUACCAAAUGGCACCUUGAAGAUUAUCGACAGGAAGAAGCACAUAUUUAAACUGGCGCAAGGAGAGUACAUAGCACCUGAGAAGAUUGAGAACAUCUACGUGCAAAGCGAGCCUGUCGCCCAGGUGUUUGUGCACGGAGAGAGCUUGCAGGCAUUUCUCAUAGCAAUCGUGGUACCGGAUGUUGAGACGUUAUGUUCCUGGGCCAAAAAGAGAGGAUUUGAAGGCUCCUUUGAGGAACUGUGCAGGAACAAGGAUGUCAAAAAAGCCAUCUUAGAAGACAUGGUGAGGCUCGGGAAGGAAUCUGGCCUGAAACCGUUUGAACAGGUCAAAGGCAUUAGUCUCCACCCUGAACUGUUUUCUAUGGACAACGGCCUUCUGACCCCAACAAUGAAGGCCAAACGGCCAGAGCUUCGGAACUAUUUCAGGUCACAGAUAGAUGAACUUUAUUCUACCAUCAAAGUUUAAUGUGAGGAAGAAACCACACACCUCCAAAGCCUCCUACUGAUGGCCUUCACGUUGGUAAUUUUGACUAGAGCACGCGUAGGAAAGGGAGCGUCCGUGUUUGACUUGUGCAUUCGGGUUCUUGUCAUAGGAAUAUUGGAGGGCGUGGAGCACUGCCUUACUGUCCCUUCGUGUUGCAGACCACGCUUCUGGUGAUACACAGUUUCCAAAAUGAGCCUUAAAAUUGUAAAGGGGGAACUAUAAAUGUGCUAAGUUAUUUGUGACUUCCUCGGUUUAAAAAAAAAGGCGGGUGAAAACUGCAUCUCCCUGUUUUUCCAACCAAGGGAUUAGGAUUUUGCUGCAAAUUCUGCAUUUGUCUGCUGCUCUCGAGUACAGUGCACUGGAGAGAACCUGUCCCUUAACAAAAGCCGUCCCAGCUGGAGAACAUCACAAGUGGACCCGAGAUUCUUUUUUAAUCCCUGCCUCCUUCCCUUCCCCGCCUCACGUGCUGUCUGACGACCCCUCUGAUUGCGGGGUACGGA